AGUAUUUGCAGGGUGUCUUAUCUAAUUUUACGCAGACCACGGUGGGAAAAAUUAGUGAUUAAAUUAAUUCAUUUAAGUGCCUGUUUUAGAGUCUGGAAGUAAACAUUUAAGAAUGUCUCGCGUCCUUGUUGGUGUUAAGCGUGUGGUCGACUAUGCCGUGAAGGUACGAGUUAAGCCCGACAAGACUGGUGUGGUCACCGAGGGAGUGAAACACUCCAUGAAUCCUUUCGAUGAAAUCGCUGUAGAAGAGGCUAUUAAACUAAAAGAGAAAAAGAUCGCCUCAGAAAUCAUCGCCGUCUCAGUGGGGCCCACACAAUCUCAAGAAGUGAUACGUACUGCUUUAGCCAUGGGCGCUGAUCGUGGCGUACAUGUUGAGGUUUCUGGCAAGGACUAUGAUUUAUUGCAACCCAUCCAUAUAUCUAAGAUUUUGGCUAAAUUGGCCAUAGAUGAGAAAGCCGAUUUGGUGAUUGUGGGUAAACAAGCCAUUGAUGACGAUAGCAAUCAGACAGCACAAAUGACCGCUGCGGUACUCGAUUGGCCUCAAGGCACAUUCUGCAAUAAAGUUGAAAAGACCGAUGCUGGCUUGAACAUUACACGCGAAAUCGAUGGUGGUUUGGAGACAAUAAAAACAAAGAUUCCAGCUGUAUUGAGCGCUGAUUUACGUCUAAACACACCACGUUAUGCUACAUUGCCAAACAUCAUGAAAGCUAAAAAGAAGCCAUUGAAGAAAGUUACACCUAAGGAUUUGGGUGUUGAUACAACACCACGCAUUGAAGUUGUCUCCGUUGAGGAGCCACCUGUGCGCCAAGCAGGUGCUUUGGUGCCAGAUGUGGAUGCUCUUGUUGGCAAGUUGAAGGAAGGUGGACACAUCUAAAUACAUAUUUGUGUUAUUCAAUCUAAACUAAAAAAAAAGUGCAUUUAUAAAAUUUAACUGAUAUUUUGAUUUUUUACCCAUUUUUAUUUACUAUACCCAAUUAAAAAAUCGUAGAAAAUAUUAAAAAACCUAAAGUUUGUGUAUAUAACGAAUUAGCAAUGUAUAAUUAAUUGGAAGUAGAAAAUAAAUAAUCGUAUAUUUUAAUAUAACGAAUUGGAGCAGCUAA